AGACUUAGGUCACUCGUAUAGCAUUCAGUAAGCAUGACAUCGUUUGCAUUCAACUAUCUCGAAGCAGUAUCAUGUCAAAACAACGAUUUGCUAGCUGAUCUCACCAAAUACUUCACCAGUACAUCAUCUAUAUUUCUGUACUCAGCCGUUCUGCUGGCGGUAAUAUUACUGCUGUUCGGGCUAUAUGCGAUAAAAACCGUCGGAGCUAGGCAGUACAGCAAGCCUCAGAAGGGUGGGGGCGACCGCUCGCUGUUGUUGGAUGCCACGUGGGUGGUGCUCAUCGUCUCUCUCGUAUUUUUUCUGUCGUGUGUGCUGUACGCCGUUUCGAACGUUUUGAUGUACCGGAGUCUGAAAAACGUCACGCAAUCUGCCGAUGAUCUGUACGCCACGAUCAAACUCCAGGUUCGCGACGUUACUAGUAUCUCCGCUCUGCUACGGAGUCUGGGCACAAGCUUGACUGAGAGUUACGGCGAAUUGAUGAACCAGAAGGACGGUCUCGUGAAUGAGUUCAUGAAUCGGACGGCAGACGUUCUGUCUGCCACGCGGGAGGUUCAAUCCGCCUUAGAAGACGCCAAAGACAGUGGUCUCGGUGCUAUUCUGGACACCACUGAACUUGAAAAUAACUUGAGCAAACUCGAAAAAAUAGUGGUUGAUUCGCAAAAAAGUGUUGAAACGUUCAACAAUAUGAAAUUCCCGGACGUCUGCGAUUUUCGAGACCUCAUCAAUGAUUACGCGAGUUUGGUUGAGAAUGUUUCCGCGGAGCAUAUCUUCCAAAGGGUCGAUCCGUUUAUGGGAUACGUUACGUCUGGGCCGCUCAUCUACUUGAUCGUGGUUCAGGUCAUCGUGGGCUUGGCGCUGGUUAUCAUGUCCAUCCGAAUAUUCUGCAAAAACACUCGUCACUCCUUCAGCAUGACUGUCAGCGUCAUAUGGACCAUUCUCUUCCUUUUUUUCUCGGCAUUGAUCUAUUUGUCUAUCCCGCUUUUCCUGAACAUCAUAGCAUCUCAGUGCCAGGGUCGCAGGGAAGCGAUCAUCUCGUCGGUUCAAUGCCUGCUCAACACCCUCAACGAGUACACCAUCACGAACGCCCCAUCCGUCGCGCCAAUUGUUAACAGAAUCGUGGUCGAGAUCUCCAGCGAUGUCCCUAGGCUGCUGGAUAACAAAAACAAGAAUCUCACUAUCUUAGAGCUGUACAACCUCGACUUUCUAUCCCUCCUCUCAGAAGGCAGUUCCACACCGAUCACAGUGGCCCUGGAAAACGGCAAGCUUCAGGCAGUGUCGAUGAUCGACACUCUCGUGGCCGAGCUCAAGUCGGUCAGGGAAUUAAUGCCGUCCGAAAACACCAACGCCACCUACUUCAUCUGCCCAUCCAACCCCCCCGAGAUCAGUUCUUCCUGCGACGCCCUGAACAAAAAGAUCGCCCUCCUGUACACCUCAAUUUCAAACUUAGGGGCUCUGUCUGACCAAGUCGAGCUCCUCUCUAACUAUGUCUCCUCGUUCUUCGACUCAACGUUGAACGCCCUCACCGACUUUGAUACCGCAAUGAACCAGCACCCGUCCCUCCGAUUCGGCUGGAUAUCUACAGCAUACAGCGGAUCCGACUACUUUUGUGUUAAUUUGUACAUGCACCUCAUCAUAAACAUCUCGUGCUACAGCCUUCUCCUGGUCAUGACCUACAUAAUGACACUGUUCUCAAUCGUGUGGAGCCUGCGCCCCGAUAACGAUCUGCCUCUGGAUGAGCGCUCACCACCAGCACCUCAUAUACAUAUGUAAUUCUUAUCUGUAAACAUUGAGAGUAACUAUGCUAAUCUGAAAAUAAAACAACUGUAAAAUCCGUA